UGAUCCAGAAAUGAAUUCUCUUCAAGAAUCACCAUAUUCGAAAGAUUUGAACUAUGUGGAUACUACUGCUUCUUUUGACUGCUAUGGAAAUGGGCCUCAAAUGAACACUUUUUACCACCUGCAUUAUUCAAAUGACUCAAUGUCUCUUCCUAGUAUCCAAGCUCAGCAGGAGUAUCAAACAGUCUGCUCCCAACCAUCCUUUCCUUCUGAUCACUUCUCACCAGCAUCAGUUAUGGAUCUUUCUCUGCCUGUAGAUAAGCCCAUCCUCAAUAAUGGAGCUGAAAGUACACUAAGUAUGGAACUUUGGGGUCAACAACUGAACAAUUAUGCAGAUGUAAAACAGGAAAAUAUGAUGAUCCAAGGGCAGUUUUCUACUACUUCACCAAGAAUGUCCCUAGAGAGUCCAACCAUUUCUCAUCAAGACAAAGAUCUGGUAUUGAACCUUAACGAUCCCUGUGAUCGACAAUUUCUGAUGCUGAUUUACAAUAACAACCAGCUUCCGAAUUACUCAAACAUGGAGGAUUUGAGUGCUGAAGUUCCUGAUCCAUGUUACAGUAAAGACUAUGGACACCAAACGGUUGCUAAUGAAAAUAGUAGUGGCCAAUUUCACCCCCAAACUAUGAGUUGGGCAGCGCAUUCGGACAACUUGCCACACGCGAAUUUCGGUAUGGAGGAUAUUGCAGGCAACCAAAAUUGGCUCAACCCUGGAUCUAAUUUUGAUAGUGAAAUUAACAGUUCUUUAUGACAACUUGUGAGGUCUUUUUUCUGUGUGUUUCUUUGUUUUGGUUAGGUAUUUGUCUUUAUUAGGAAGUCAGGUGGCAUACUCUUCUUGUUUAGGGCUU